AUGGCUUCACCUAAUGGUUUCUUUAACUACUUAACCUAUUUUCUGGCUGCUGGUGCUGUUAUUUUGGGAAUUGGUUUCUUUGCUUUGGCAUCAGCUUUGUGGUUCCUGAUUUGCAAACGAAGAGAAAUAUUUCAGAAUUCCAAAUUAACAGCAACUGAUAAGAGAUGCAGGCAAAGACCACCAAAGGUGAAGAAUAAAUCUCAUGCUCAGUGUGUUUUUAUUUCUCGAAAUUUUCAUACUGGAAGAUUCCAAUUACAGGAGGAUCAAAGAAAAAAGGAAGCAGAACAUAAAAAAGCAAUUAAAGACCACUCUGAAGAUGAAUCCUGCCUUGCAACAAAUGAGGUCUUUUUUGACCCAUCAGAGACUAGCUCAACAACAAAUUGCAGCAGUAUUACAGUAAGCUUAUCAACAUUACCAUCUGAUUGCUAUUACAGCCAAAGUAUAGAAGCAGCUGGUGACUGGUUUUCUGAUGAUUCUCUAGAGAAAAAGAACUCUCGAGUGCCCUUUCUAGGGGAACCUCUAAUGGAAAAAGUAUUUUCAUACUUGUCAACCAUUUCAUUAGAAGAAUGUACUGAAAAUGUACUGAAUAUGACACAUUUUGAUGAUCAAAAAGAUGACAGCAUUAAGGAAAUAUUUUCCCGAAGAAAUACAGAGGUUGAAAUACAAAACCUUCAACAUAAUAUUGAAUGA